AUGAACUUUGAAGAUAAUUCCAUUCAGGAUGAAGCCCAGGUGCCUGACCUGAAAGCUGAGCAGAGAAGUGAGCUGUGUAAACUCUUGGCUACGCCCGAGGAGGAGACUGAAGAUCUAGCAGGAGAGGUGGUGGAGGAAGAGGAGGAGGAGAAACAGGAGAAGACGAAGAGUCCUCAACAAAUUAAGAAUAACACAGCUCUGCUUAAACAAACACGAGACAGCCCUGACCAGAAGAUGUCUGGGAGCAAAAAAGAUACUUUUAAGAAUAUCAGAGGCCUGGAUGAGAAUGAACAGCAGAGAAUACGACUGGAGGCAUCUCUGCUGAUGAGCAGGUCAGAGAUUAAGAAGUUGAACAAGGCUAUUGCAGCAGAGCAGCUACAUAUUCAAAGCCUUGAACAAAUCCUUGAGGAAAACAAUGACAAAUUUCAAAAGGUUUUCAAGAGGACUGAGAAGAAAUGUUCGGAUGCCAGAACGCUGUUAGAAAAUGAGAUAAAGUCCAAAGCAGAGACGAUUGCUGAGGUAGAGAAGUUAACUGACGAAAUGGGGACUGUGAAAAGUGACCUCUCUCAGACUGAGGACAUCCUGAAUAGAUAUAAGAGAUACAAGAACAUCUUGUUCAAGCUGUCGCCUCCGGAGUGGCAGGAGGCCCAGGAGGCUGAGGCUUUUAAAGCUACAGUCCCAUCUAACAGAGACCCUCAGGAUGAGCAGGACGAGGAGCCUCAGGAGUCAGCAGAUAGGCAGGGUUCGGAGACAGGUGUGGAGUCCAGUCCAGGUCGAGUGCUGCCUUCGACUGGAGAGUCUACGCUGUCCUCAGUCCACAGUGACACACUGGUCAAAAAUUAUAAAGAGGAAACCGACAGCUCUGAAUAUGAGGACAAACUGGAGCUCUACUUCUCCGAUCCCCAGCAGCUACUGGUUCUGAUGACGGAGCUGACGGAUCAGAACCUUUCCCUGAUUCAAAACUCCACCAGGAUGGAUGAGACCCUGGAAGAGCUGCAGCAGACCUUUGAGACCGCCUCAAAGGAAAUGAAAGAGGAUGAAGAGAAGCUCACAUUGCAGGUAACUGACAUGCAGGAGAAGAUCGACAGAGAGUCGGAGAGAGCUGCCGAUCUCCAAAAGAAGGUUCAGCUCCAUGACUCAUUAAAAACCGAGGACCAGGAUGUUUUGCUGGAUGCUCUGGGCAAGAAGGUGACAGAGGUGCAUCGCUGCUGCUUGGAUAGCCGGUUGUCCCACCUCAGCACGUUGGAGAAGCUGUCCAGUGUCGAGUACCGCAUGUCUUUGCUGCUACAGCUCAUUGAGAACAUCCCUGAAGAAAGCUUGGAGGCACUGAGAGAGAUCAAGGACAGUGAGAGGAUGAGCAGGCUGCGCGAAGAACAGCUGAGACUGGAGAGGGAGAAACAGAGAGAACGGAUGAAGAAGUGCAUGCAAAGAUCCCAGGGUGAAUCCAAGAAAAAAAGGGGAAGAAAGCUCAUGCCCAGAUGCUUCCCUGUAGAGCAGAAGACCAAAGUCAGUGAUGAGGAGGACAGCAUUCCUGCUGAAGAUGAACUCCAGGCCUACCUCUUCACCAAUGAGGACGCAGAGUAAAAAAAAGGAAUUAGCACAUACUGUAUAAUGUUUGAAAAGAAAAAAGUAGAUUAUAAAGCAUAAUACUGCAAUUUACUCUCUCUAAGGGUGUGUGAAACUUCAUCUGCUUUCCAGAAAGACAUUUCAUUGUUUUGAUUAGCUUCAAAAUUGAAAGAGCUA